AUGAAGCUCAAUGCCGCCAUCGCCGCCCUCGCCGGGCUCGCCGCCGCGGCUCCAAGCGCGGAGCUCGACCGGCACAGGCGCACGCCACUCCUCGCGGGGCGCGCCGACUGGCCGAACGGCCCGCUCGUCACGUCAGGCCGCUGGGUGCACGACGCGUCGGGCAAGAACGUGACAUAUGCCGGCGCCAACUGGCCCGGCGCGGCCGACGUCAUGAUCCCCGAGGGGCUGCAAUACCAGUCGAUCGCGACCAUCGUGUCCAAGGUCAAGAGCAUCGGCAUGAACGCCAUCCGCCUGACGUUUGCCAUCCAGAUGGUCGACGAGAUCUACGCCAACGGCGGCAAGGACGUCACGCUGGAGAAGGCCUUCGCGCAGGCCCUCGGCCAGGCCAACGGCGCCAAGGUGCUCGCCCAGGUCCUGGCUAAGAACCCGAACUUCACGGCGGCGACGACGCGGUUGCAGGUCUACGACGCCGUGGCCGCCGAGCUCGCCAAGCAGCAGAUCUACGUGCACCUCGACAACCACAUCAGCAAGGGCAUGUGGUGCUGCUCGACCGACGACGGCAACUCGUGGUGGGGCGACAAGUACUUCUCGGCGGCCAACUGGACGCGCGGGCUGGCGUACAUGGCGGACCACGCCAAGGCGUGGCCGGGGUUCGUGUCCAUCGGGCUGCGCAACGAGCCGCGCGAGCCGUCGAGCAAGGGCCAGAGCGCCGCGUACAACUGGCAGACGUGGUACGAGUACAUGAAGCAGGGCGCGGCGGCCGUCCACGCAGCGAACCCGGACCCGCUGAUCUUCCUGUCGGGGCUGUCGUUCGACACGUUCCUGACGCCCGUGGUGCAGGGCACGGCGCUGAGCCCCGGGUCAGGCAAGUUCAGCUUCGGCGACUUCGCGGGCUACGCUAACAAGCUGGUGCUCGAGAUCCACAACUACGACAACAGCGCGACGAGCUGCAGCAGCCUGCAGAACAAUUUGUACCGCAACGGCUUCCAGGCGCUGACGGCCAGCGCCGUCAACGUGUUCCCCGUCAUGAUGACCGAGUUCGGCUUCCAGAUGGACGCCACCACAUGGAAGGGCGUCUACGCCAGCUGCCUCGCCGCGUAUUUGCCCGCCCAGAAGGCCGGCUGGACCAUCUGGGUCCUCGCCGGGAGCUACUACAUGCGCUCCGGCCGCCAGGACUACGACGAGAACUGGGGCCUGCUCAACCACGACUGGAGCGCCUGGCGCAGUCCCAGCUACAUCGACGGCGCCCUGACCGCCAUGGUCAAGAAUACGCUGAGCUGA